GUGUGGAAGCGAUUAGGCGCGGCGUUAUUCGCUAAGAAGCACAAGAACUUUACCGUCUCUCUCUAUCUCACGGUUGCUUUCAAGUUUCAACAUUCGCACGCUAACAGCUCUCCGUAACUGCGAUCUUCUCUACAGAGCAAAUCGGAUAAUCGAGGAGAAGACAAUGGUGAAGGACAGGAAGGUCGGAGUGGCCAUGGAUUUCUCAAAGAGCAGCGAAGCGGCGCUGAAAUGGGCCAUUGAUAACCUAGCUGAUAAGGGGGACACUUUCUAUAUCAUCCACAUCAAUACUCACGCCUCUGAUGGAUCUCGCAAUAAGCUCUGGUCUCAUUCCGGAUGUCCUUUGAUUCCGCUGUCUGAGUUUCGCGAGCCUGACUUGAUGAAGAAGUACAAUGUUCAGCCUAAUAUUGAAGUUCUCGAUUUGCUUGAUACCGCUACUAGGCAGAAAGAGAUAACCGUUGUUGCAAAAUUGUACUGGGGUGAUGCAAGAGAGAAGCUCUGUGAUUCAAUUGAAGAUCUGAAGUUGAAUUCGUUGGUUAUGGGUAGCAGAGGCCUUAGCCCCCUGAAGAGGGUUAUCAUGGGAAGUGUGACCGACUAUCUACUGAUAAAUGCAACCUGCCCUGUGACUGUGCUGAAGCAUCCAGAUUUUCACAAGCACUGAUGGAGGAAGAGAGCUGAUGAAAAGUGAGUCCCAAACAUGAAUAAGAUGGGGAGCUUUUUAUAUUUUAUCUUAAUGUUCUUAUGUCUUUGUACUAUUUUGUCUGUAUUAGACAUAUAGAGUUUUUCAUGUUAAUUUUAUUUCUUUGAGAUGUUUCUCUAUAAUCUUUUUUUAAAUAUCAUACCAUUUUUGUUGUUAUUGGCA